AUGGCUCAUCAUGGCCAUCGACAUGACCGCAUCAGCAGGCUCAUCCGAGCCAAACACCGACUGGAAGCGAGUGAGGAAAACCCUGUAGAUUCGAAUCUACUUACUGGCGUGGAAACCCUGCAGGACCCAAUCUUCGCCUCUGAUAUUCUAUCAGGUGAUAAGGAGUGCGACCCGUUGCAAAAUACCACUUGCGACGAUUCACCGGAUGCGACUGUAGUGGUACUUUCCAAAAGACAAGAGGCGCAAACGCCCACUACAACCGUCGUCGAAACCGUUGUGCAAGUGGUGGACACUAACUCUCAAACACUGUGGCAAUCGUCCGGUGUUGAUUUUCCCAUGACCAUCACGGACUCGGCAUUCGGUACUCUCGUUCUGACCGGCAGCUCGGCCGCCUCGACCGAUUCAGUGAUUCCCUCGUCAAAUGCAACGGCUACGCAGUCAAUGUCCUCGCAGUCAACGGAAACCUUGGCGCCGACGAGUAAACAACUCGCCGCAAUCUCAUCACCAAGGGCUUCCGCGGCUAUCAGUUCGGUGCCGUACACGUCGACUCGUCUGAUUCCCUCGUCAAGCGCUACCACUACGUCUUGGCCCACUUCAACCUCACUUCAUGCGGCUGGUAACUACUAUUCAUCAAUUUCGAGCUCUUCUGCCUCCACAAAUCCUUACACCGACGCCGCGUAUAGCUCCUAUACACCUGUCUCUACCUCCUCUGGAUCUGGAGGCGCCGACGAGACUGGGUUUGGCACAGGCUCUGGCAGUGGCAGUGGCAGCGGAUCCGCGCCAACCACCAGCCAGGCACAGUCUUCCUCCGGCUCAGGGUCAGGCAUCGACCCUACCACUUCUAAAAUCGUGGGCGGAGUCGUGGGAAGCGUGGCUGGUCUUGCAAUGAUCUUCCUAGUUCUCUUCUAUCUCUUCCGCCGGCGAAAGCUUCUCCUUCAACAGAAGGAGACUGGGGCUCUUCCUCUUCCAUCUGAUGAUGGAGGCACAACUCGAGAGGUGACAACUCGCUCUAGCAAUGAACCUCUGUUCUCGGCAUCAUACCUCGCACCGGCCUUCAUGAAGCGCUGGCGCCAGUCUACUAUGACCGUCAGGUCUGAGAGCACCGUCUCUUCCUCCAACCCUAGCGAACGCGGAUUCCAGAAAAUCUCCGGACGAAAAAUUCCUCCCGUCCUUACCCACGGUGGCGAUGGCUACGGUGGUGGAAUAGACGGCGACUCGCCCACCAUUCCUGGCUUCCCUCCCAUGUCGCCCGCAGGAGGUGCGACUACCUCACCAUCAUCACAAGCGCCACCUCCCACCUCUCCAUAUGGGAUGGUCCUCGACACAAAAUACACCCAGGAAGCCGAAGAGCGCGCCGAGUCUCCAGUCCGGCCCUCACCCGUCCACCUCCCCAUUUCCAGCUCGGUGAAUGUCGGUGUUGCAACUACCGUCACGCCGUCGACCCCAAUCGCACAACCGCAGUCCGCCAUCGCGGUCAUGCCUCAACGUCCCGAUGGACUGGGCCGCAGCCUGCCAAGCUACGAUGGAAGCCGCAGCAGUCGCUUCACGGAGAGCAUCGAUCGGUAA